CUACGAACCUUCACCUCCCUCGAAUCAAGGACCAUCCCUGACAACGGCCGACCUGGUGUUCGCUCUCAUCUAGACUCAACUUGAAUGAACACGCAUAACUCCAUGGCUCUUGUAUAGAGCUUUUUAUCUGAAUUUGGAACUGUGUCGGAGGAACUGGCUGGAUAUAUUCCGCAAUCAUAAGGUCAAAAUAGCUUAUCGAAGCCCGUGCACUCUGGUAUUCACACUUGGGGAUUCGUUUGAAAAUGACGGUCGCACACGAUUUGGCCCAUAGGCGGUCUUCCACCCCUCAAAAUGGCGUGCCUUUGGCGUUAGGGGACCGAUUCGAAGUUUUAAAGGAUAUUGGCGAUGGAAGUUUCGGAAGUGUUUGCUUGGCAAGGGUUCGAACGGCGGGUGCUAGUGUUGCUCGUCGCGGAACUGUGAUCGCUAUCAAGACGAUGAAGAAAACCUUCGAAUCUUUCGCCCCUUGCCUGGAGUUGCGAGAGGUAGUAUUUCUACGGACACUACCGGCUCACUGCCAUUUAGUCCCUGCAUUGGACAUUUUUCUCGAUCCCUAUACCAAGAAACUUCAUAUCUGCAUGGAGUAUAUGGAAGGGAAUUUGUAUCAACUCAUGAAAGCGCGCGACCAUAAAUGCCUUGACAAUGCGAGUGUUAAGAGUAUUCUUUUCCAGAUUAUGCAGGGUUUGGAACACAUUCACGCUCACCACUUUUUCCACCGCGAUAUCAAACCCGAGAACAUCUUGGUAACUACAUCGGGCCACCAAGACUCAGUCAAUUCAUUUAGACGAUACUCGGCACUAAUGACACCUCCCUCAACACCGCCGACAUAUACAGUGAAAAUUGCAGACUUUGGUCUAGCACGUGAGACCCAUUCAAAGCUUCCUUACACAACAUACGUAUCCACCCGAUGGUACCGCGCUCCGGAAGUUCUGCUACGUGCUGGCGAAUACUCAGCUCCUGUCGAUAUCUGGGCUGUAGGUGCCAUGGCUGUGGAAGUGGCUACUCUGAAGCCAUUAUUCCCAGGUGGCAACGAGGUGGACCAGGUUUGGAGAGUAUGUGAAAUUAUGGGCAGCCCUGGAAACUGGUUUAGUAAGGCAGGCACCCGGGUUGGUGGAGGUGACUGGAAAGAGGGCACUCGGCUCGCUAGCAAACUUGGCUUUUCUUUCCCGAAAAUGGCGCCUCAUUCAAUGGAUACGAUUCUUCAGUCACCACAAUGGCCAGCCUCGCUAAGUCAGUUUGUGACUUGGUGCCUUAUGUGGGACCCGAAAAACCGACCGACGUCGACCCAAGCUUUGGCCCAUGAAUACUUUGCUGACGCCGUGGAUCCUUUGAGGCCAAAAUCCUCAACGUCAAAGAUUCUGGGUCGGAAACACUCAGACAUCGGGCGGGCUAAAGAGUCAAGCUCAUCCGGUCCUACGUCUUCGAAACCUUCAUGGUUCAGGAAGUCUCUAAUCGGCCGAUCGGAGGUUACAGAAACGUUACCCGAGAUGACAACAAAGACCGUGGCGGGUCCAAGACCAUUCCCCGGUCAAGUUGAAGCAAGCCCAGAUACAUCCAUAUCGAAAGCUCGCCCAAAUGCAAGCAAACGUGCUACAUGGACUAAUGGACCCUCGAGCGUAGCUCCUAUGCCGAUUCUACCAACCAUUCGGCCUAUUUCGCCGCUUUCCGAUGCAGUCACGGCACAAGCGUCGAACCGUACACCGGGGUAUAGUCAACCAUAUGCCAAUACAAGUCAACGCUCGGUUGUGGCCGAAAAGGCGAGUAAAAAGGUUAGUCGUCAGCUAUCAGUGGCAUCGAGCACGAAUCACUAUGCCGAACUGCAUCGUCAGCAAGCAGAGCGAGCUCUUAAUGGCACAGGGUUAGCCUCACCUCCGAGUGCGCAAAAGGAGAGUUUCUUCUCGCACCUUAGAAAGCGUGCAAGGAGGUUUUCUGGAAGGCAUCAAACCCCUGUUUCACCUUCCUUUGACGAUAUGGAGGCGCAGGCAGGGUGUGGACCAUGGGCAAGCAACAGAUCGUCCUUCGUAGUCGAGCAGAACCAGAUGGCGAGGGCCGAGACUUACGACUCUCUUGACAAAACUAUCCGAGACGUGCCCCACGUCAUGGACAACACAAGUGGCCCGACUCCACCCAUUCAUCCUAUUGCAUCCAGCGGUCAUUUAAAACGACAUCAUUCACUUCCACAUCAACAACCUCGCUCAGUUGACAAUUUGAUCGGAGCUGCACGUACGCCUGGUCCGAUCUCCAGUAGGACGAGGAGGACCCAGGGCACCCAUGGUGUUCAGGGAGAUGCAUUGGAUGAAGAAGACGAGCUAUUAGAUGAAGUCUUGCAUUCCACCCAUCGGGCAAUGAAACGUCUCGAGAAGGACGGCAAAUACAACCUCCGACACUCAGCUAGUAAUUUGGGCCACUCCAAUCCUUAUCCUACCCCUUCUCCCUCGGCUAGUGGCAAUGUGGUCUUGUUUGGAGAUGGACGUGAACCUAUCACCCCGAAGCCUUUAGAUUUAAAGAAGCACACGGGGAGAGAAGCAGAACAGAAAUGGCCCACGCCGCCAUACGAAGGAAGCGAGUGGGCAUCUUCAGCAGCUGCAAGUAUUUGGGCUGCUGGCAAUCGGAUCUAGAUGAUCAGAUUUGUGGAUAUAUCGGCAUUUGAUUGUUCUUGAAACCAAAAAGCAGACGUAUGAUCUACAUCGUUCUAUCAUUGGGUGGUGUUCAUGGGUUUAUAUUAUUAUUUUUUUGGGCGCUGGCGUAUUCGGCGGGCAUCGUGCAUUCACUCAUUCUUGCACUUGCGUGUCCAUCUCGAGCUGAUUUCAGCAAACCAACCUAAUGUUGAAUUUCCGUCGACCUGCAUUUAUUCGAUUCUUGACGGCGAUCUCCACCAAAUACCCGAUACUCGCUGAGCUAGCAUCAGCUGCAACAAAUAUACUCGAUAAUACCCAUCAUAGAUUUGUUUUAGUUUUAUGGAGGAGGCGGAGGGAGAUGGGAAAAUGGGCUUGGACUCGUGGAUGGUGAUUUUUCCUUUGUCAGAAAUG